AUGGGUGGGCUUGAAACCAGUAUCUGGGCCCCAGAAAAUCGCCCUCCGAAAUUCAAUGGCUCCAGCUACAACUCUUCAACGAUCUCGAAAGUGAAAGUUGUGCGAGGGAAUGUACCAGCUUCUACUACUCACUGCCAUCCCUCGCGAGAGAUGAGUAACCUUAAGAGUGGAGUAAAUGAAACCAUCCGCGAAAAAGCCUUGAAUGGCGGGCUAUCAUAUAACGAGAUACAAAAGGGUCCUGGUGGGCUGAGCUCCAGUCGAUGGGCUCCGCGCAACUACCCUGGCAAAUCAAGGGCAGCAGAUCGUCAGGAAGUCUGGACUAUGGAUUCGCCAAACACGCAACCGGUUCCCAUGCCUCACGCGCAUAAUGUCUCAGUCCCUGCAUAUUCCUCCCCAGACCUUGGUCUUCCUUACGAAGUACAACAUUACAUUCUUGGCAUGAUGCAACGGAUCAUGGAGGAAGGAUGUUACGCUUUUGCGUCGCGAUGGAUUCCCGACGUACUACAAAGGAACAAUUGGACGUGCUCGGAAGCGGUUGAAUUGUCUACGUGGAGAAGGAUUCUUCCAGAAAAUGUACCACUGACAGCUCUCGCUCCUCAUAGUAGACCUCUUCAUCUAUGCCUGGCUGAUGCUGUUCGAAUACGAAACUCCGCUACUCAUCGUCAUAUAUGUAGCAGCCGCGAGCUUCAACAUAUGAUACAACAGGCAGAAGACCUAAUGGGAAUAUUUUCCGAUCGAACAAGACAGUAUAAGUUUAACAAAUUGUGGGCCGAACUGUUUGAUUGGGAAAAACUUAGCGUCAUGGACAUACAAGCCGCCAGAUACAAGAUGGAGAUGGCACUUCAGGAGAUUGGUGAACGGCAAAUGGACGAUAUGGAUUGGACGCCAAACGCAAUUUCAUUGCAAGAAAUCCCUGCGGUCAAAGUAGAAAUAAGAGAGGUUCAAGAGUACGAUGAUUAUGAUGCAAUGGAGAUAGACUAA